AUGCAUUGUGGGUAGGUCAGUAACAGAGAGUGGAGGACGCCAUGUGCUAUUGAGGGAGAAGGACCAGGACUGACAGGCAACGCUGCGACUCUGUGAAUUGGAAAUAUCUGGAGGAGAUCCGGGGGCACAAAUAAUAAACAUGUACUGCACAAGACACUGCAUUCGGACCGCGCUGCGGAUCGCCGCAAAGACUCGUCGGCAGGAGCUCCAGACACCAACGUCAUGUGCCCUCCGAACACUCGGGACCAGCCCAGCCAGCCUUUCUGCUGUCAUCGCCGCCCCCCCUCUGGAUGGAGCCCCCAAACAGUACCCCCCCAAAAUCACCCAGCUGGUACACGACAUCACCAGCCUCACCCUGUUAGAGGUGUCAGACCUCAAUGAGCUCCUCAAGAAAACCCUGAAUAUCCAGGAUGUUGGGAUGAUGCCAAUGGGAGCCAUGACUGCAGCAGCAACACCUGCAGCUCUGGCAGUGGAAGAGGACGUGGCACCAGUCAAGAAAGAGAAGACUCACUUCACAGUAAAACUGACAGAACUGAAGGCAGCGGAGAAAGUGAAACUCAUAAAGGAAGUGAAGAACUGCAUCCAAGGCUUGAACCUGGUGCAGGCUAAGAAGUUGGUUGAGUCCCUCCCCCAGGAGAUCAGAGCCAAUGUGUCCAAAGAGGAGGCGGAGAAGCUGAAGACGGUCCUGGAGACAGCAGGGGGCACUGUGGUGCUGGAGUAGACCGUCUCUCCUCUCUCCAUCCCUCCACCCGACUGACCCCAUCCACCGUCUGGCUGCUGUUACUCCUGUCUAUCUUUCUGUUGUAUACAGCAGGAAAAGAACAAAGGAACCAAUGCCUUGGAAAAGGAAACUAAAAUCUAGCCUUUUUGACAACGUUGCUGUACUAGCUACCAACUGGACGGUGUGGGGCGGGAGAAACUAAAAUCUAUCCUUUUUGACAACGUUGCUGUACUAGCUACCAACUGGACGGUGUGGGGCGGGAGAAACUAACUCAGACUGGACUCCUCAGGCUCAGAGCCUGAACGCACCCGCCCACCGCCCGGCCGCUCGUCAGUUCCCUCGCCCGUUUGUCUUGUUUGUUCGUCUGUCUGGCUGGCUCUGUCCCGAUUCUCCACCCUUCUCCCGAAGUGUGCACUUCUCUUGGGUUCUUUCUCGAAUUUGGUUUAACAAUGGUGGAAACUCAAAACUCCCUCAAGCCAAUGUUUACCUCAGUCCCAUGUUUAAAAGUCCACGACUGGGAAUAUGAGGGUACAGGAGAAGGGUGGAUAAUGGGUACUUUUGCCCAGCUAUCAGUCUGGUACUUUUGCCCAUUGGUCUGCAUUCAAGCUGGACUUGGCCUCAUGUCUGUAUUCGUCUGGGGGUGAGUUUCCCUGGAAGCCUCGUCGUUAACGUGGCAUGUUAUUUCCCCUGACAACCCAGCCUCCACGGUGACACCAUUGAAAUAUCUACGUUUGACUGUCUGUAUUCUCCAGAGGAGACUGGUGGGAGGAGCUAUAGGAGCACAGGCUCAUCGUCAUGGCUGGAAUGGAAUUAUGGAACGGCGUCGAACAGGCGGUUUCCAUUGGAUUCCAUUAAUUCCAUGUCAGCCAUUACAAUAAGCCUGUCCUCCUAUAGCUCCUCCCACCAGCCUCCGCGGGUAUUUUAUGUGCGUCAAUGAACCAAAUUCGUCAAAUGGACAUUUGGCUGGUUGUUCUAUGAGUGGUGUGAGUGGGUCAUCAAGAGGACUGAGGUACCACGUUGGCAACCAAGCUUUUUUUUUUAGAACCCCUCCCCCUGACUGGUAACAGACUCGUGUUAUCUAGAACCGGGAGAACGGAGCUGUGUCUUCAUUACGGGUUGGAACCCGGAACAGAACUGAAAAGCCGGAAAAUAAUGUAGUAGCAGAAACUGAACCUGGAACGAAAGUGAUCCAUGCUGUUCCGGAACAGAACCAUUAUUUUAAAAGCAUGGGAACCGGUUAAUAACGUUCUUUUACAUUCCAGGCGUUGUUUCUACUCUCACAAAAAAACGCAAACAAAGUGCCAAGGCAAAGCCCUCACUCUGUCACUCAGAAACAUAUUCCAGGAUCUGCCUGCAAGCUGAAACUCUGUACCAGUGUGUGUGCAUGUUUAGGCCCCCCCCACCCCUCCGGCUCUAUCCGCACUGAUUGGUGAAGUCAUUUAAUUAGCUAAAUGUGAAGGGGGGGGGGCAGGUUGAUUUUAAAGGUUAUAAAAGGAAUAGGAAGGAACGCUAUAAACCGGUACUUUUGUUUGGUUUGAACCGGUUCAGAACGUCAUUUUUCCGGUCGGAACAGUGGAACGUAACAGUUGAAUUUGUAUUUUCCUGUUCGGAACGAUUGGAAAAAAUAAUUUUGGUUCCAACCCCUGGUCUUUAUACUGUAUGGCUGAUAUAGGAUCAAUGAUGAAGUGAUUUAAAAAAAUAAAACAAGUUACAUUUCUUUGGUUGGUUGAAUAUAAUCUUACAUUGGAUCACAUUUGACAGAUUGUGCUGUAAAGACUAAACGAUUAUUAAAUAGUACCUAUGUGAAAUGUA